AUGAACAACUCGGGUGUCGACAUGUAUUACGAGAAUCCUUCAAACAGAUCACCCAAUUCUAAUCGCCAGGGGACUCUCCAUCGGCAGGCCUCGAGAGGGCAAUUCGAACCGCAAGGGUACUUGCCUUCGCCGCUCUACACUGCUGAGGACCAUGCCAACAUGAACGGCAACCGUUUCGGUGGUAUGAGAAACGCGACCAUAGGAGGGUAUGGCAACAACUACGACAUGGGCGGGCAGUCAUGGAAUCCGAGUGCUUUCAACCAGAACAACACUAUGAAUGGAUUGAGGAAGGCUCCUUCGCAAGGAGCUAGAUCAGGCAUUCCGGCGGCUUGGAUGGAUAUGCAGCCGCAACAACAGCAGAUGAACCCUUAUACAGGCGGAAUGAAUGGUCGGCAGGACGGUCUUGGCUCCGAGACUGACGAAGAAUUGAUUCCUACGGCCAUCGUGAUCAAGAACAUUCCAUUCGCUAUCAAGAAGGAGCAGCUUGUGGCCAUCAUGACAGAAUUGGGCUUACCCUUGCCAUACGCCUUCAACUAUCAUUUCGACAAUGGCGUAUUCCGAGGAUUGGCGUUCGCCAAUUUCACCAACCCGGAAGAAACUGGCGCUGUCAUCGAAGCAAUGAACCAUUUCGAGUUGAAUGGUCGAAAGCUGCGUGUGGAAUACAAGAAGAUGCUACCUGCGGCCGAACGUGAGAGGAUCGAGCGAGAGAAGCGAGAGCGCCGAGGACAACUCGAGGAGCAGCAUCGUCCCAUGGCCCCUCAGGCGCUGCAAACACAACCUUCUACAUCUUCGCUCUCGUCCCGCGUGCUGAACACCGGAUCACCAUCUCCCGUGUCUGCGCGUAAUCAGAAAAUGGGCCCAUUCCCGUCUUCCUUCGGCGCUGAUCCAAGCAGUGGCGUCGACGUUGACCUCAACGAUCCCCAGGUCCUUCAGUUCUACUCAAAGCUUCUGCUAUUCAAAGAGGACAACAUGCGUGACCUUCUUGUCUUUGCGCCUAGUCUGUCUCCUCCUGAGCGCAGGAUAGUACACACGCUCGCGCAUCACAUGGGCCUUGGCCACAUGUCCAAAGGUGACGCCGAUCGACGAGCAGUGCACGUCUACAAGGAGACUCGGACGCGCCUGAGCCCGCCCAUGCCGUCAAUCCCAAACUUACCUAAUGACCAACGACGCGCUUUGAACCGUGCCGCCACCACCGAUUUCAGCGAUGUCCGCGACAAUUACUACAAUAACAAUAAUGCGAGUGUACGCAACCAAGCCUCUGGAUUUCUUGGCUAUCAGGAGACAUCCGGCGGACUUGCUGCAGGCAACAACUUGCGAGCAGCCAAGUCGUUCGCUGAUUUGCGAUCUUACACACCAUCGCCGGUGCCUUCAACUGCGAGUUUCCCAGCUGCGCUGUCCAACAAUGUGGCCCGUUUGCAGGAUUUUGGACGUGACGGCAACCAAGCCAGCACGCCAACGCUGAUGACGCCGACCACCGGCCUCGGAGAGCGAGGUGACGCCUCAGGUUUGAUCAACGGCUUAGGCAAUAUGAAUCUUGGUCCUGGUUUUGGCGGCAGUCCUAGAGCAUUGCGAGGCUUCCCGUCUUGGGAUCGAGAAACCCCAGGCCCCAUCGGUGGCCACCGUUCAUUCAGCACCAAUUUCGAGGACCGGAAUCAGACUCGAACCAGCACGACUGGUCCUGAGCGGCAGCCGCGUGGACCUAUUCCUGAGCGUGGCUCCGGUUUCCCUCGGCGCACCAAUGGCCACGCACAGCGCAACAGUGACGAGCUUUCCCAGCCGAGCAGUGCCGCUGAUAUCACCGUCGAGCAUUAG